UAAGGUAAGACUAGUCAAAUGCACAGAAGCUUUGCAUGUAAUGAGCUUUCUCUCUCUCUCUCUCUCUCUCCCCCUGAACUUUAUAUAAACCUUGCCUCUUAGUUUGUCACAGACUCGAACCCACUUUUCUUGACUGCUACCUUUGCCUGCCUUCAAGUAUCACCAGACCAGCUUUCUCUCUUCUAUCACUUUCUCUAUAACAAUUCCAUUUCCAAUUUCAAAGCUAUAGCUGUUAAAUGGCAGCCUUUUCAUACCUCCACAAUUCUUUUAUUCUUGACUCAAAUAUCUUGUCAACAAAUAUUAAGAUGUCGAGCUUUGUGGAAGAUGAAAAUCUCAACACCAACGGUUUCUCUCAAUUUUACGCACCUGAACUUGUGCAAGAGAUUCCUGUUGAUGUUACUGUUCAGGAAAGUAGCUGUCUUGAACACAGCUCAAAGGUUGCUUUUAGUGAUAAUGAGCCUUCUGUGACCAAAAAGCAGAGUACAGAUUCUUCAAUUGUGGUGGAUAAGCUUGAUAGCGGUGAGCAAGUUACUCAGAAGGUCCCUCCCAUGGAGAAGAAGAGGAAGAGCAGAAAUAAGGCUUCUUUGACUUUCACUCAAUCUAAGAAUCCGACAGAAGGAGUAAUGAAGAAACAAAAGAAAUGCAAUGGUACCCUGAAAGAAGAAGGGAAGAAGCCUAAUGCUGGAAAGAAAGAUCAGAAGAAAGUUGCUGAAGAGCCUCCAACAGGUUACAUUCAUGUAAGAGCAAGGAGGGGUCAGGCAACUGAUAGCCACAGCCUUGCAGAAAGGGUAAGAAGAGAGAAAAUAAGUGAAAGGAUGAAGAUAUUACAAAGACUUGUUCCGGGCUGUGACAAGGUAACCGGAAAGGCCCUCAUGUUGGAUGAGAUAAUCAAUUAUGUUCAGUCCCUACAAAAUCAAGUGGAGUUCCUUUCAAUGAAGCUUGCCUCAGUGAAUCCCAUGUUCUAUGAUUUUGGAAUGGACCUCGAUGGACUCAUGCUCAGGCCAGAGGGAUUAAGUAGCAUGGCUUCAACACAGCCAUCUAUGACACAAUGCAGCCCCACACAGCCCACAGGUUUUGCUGAUCUAACCACAACCACAGCCUUUACCACUACAAAUAACUAUCCUAUUGUGGACAGUUCAGGUUCAACAUUAUUCCAACAUGGACAAAGGCCAAAUGCCUUAUCUGAGGAUAUUGCUAAUGUAUUCUGUGAUGUGGAAGACCAAAGACAAAAAUUUCUUAAUCCGUCUGGGUUUUUCAACAACUUAUGUUUCUUCCAUUAAUAAAUAAUAUUCAACUGCUGCCCCACAAAAAUUGGGUUAAAGUGAUGCGCUGAACAUGAAUAAAGGGUGGCAAAAUCAAUGGAUGAAGAACAAGAGGGACAGACAUAACCGACCAAAUAAAACCAGAUCUUUUGUAGAUCCCAUGUUCCAGUCCAUUUUGACUCCCAUGUCUCUCAUGCACAGAUUCCAAGACCUUGUGGUAGUUAAGCUAGAGACAUCAGAAACAAUAUAUAUAUUUAUGUGUGUGUGAAAUACUAAAUAUCAUUAUUACCCCAUUGCAAAACU